CUGGAGCUUCAAGCUCUCUCACCGGCGUCACCUCCGCUUCAACACGGCGCCUUCACUCAUUUGACCUUCGAAGCCUGCGAGCUCACUUCAAGACUGACAGCUCGUAACCUUCCUUUGAAGCCCUUUUCUUCCCGCCCGUCAAAGACACCGUUUCAGCAUGCGCGCCAUCAAGAACACCAUAGAUCGCCUGGAUAGGCCGAGCUCGUACGCGUCGAGCAAGAACCGCCGACGGAACCGUAACCGUGAAGACGAGGAGCGCCGCGAGAGGACGCCCGAGCCGGAGGACAAGCUCAAGGAUGCGACUACUCUCUACGUGGGCAAUCUGUCCUUCUACACGACCGAGGAGCAGAUCCACGAGCUAUUCUCCAAGUGCGGCGAGAUUAAACGGCUAGUCAUGGGCCUUGACCGCUUUCAGAAGACUCCCUGCGGUUUCUGCUUCGUCGAAUACUACACACAUCAGGAUGCGCUGGAUUGCAUGAAGUACAUUGGCGGGACGAAGCUAGACGAGCGCGUUAUCCGUACCGAUCUCGACGAGGGCUUUGCCGAGGGCAGGCAAUACGGACGAGGUAAGUCCGGCGGUCAAGUGAGAGACGAGUACCGCAGCGAGUUCGACCCAGGCCGAGGCGGAUUCGGCAGAGCCUACGCCGACGAGUACGGCGACGAGCGGGACUACAAGUAGCCGAUUCACAAGCAAUUUGCAUUAUACUACAGCAAGGAGUUGGAUUGGGGCACGGCGUUGGUUCAUUGUGGCUGGAAGACAACAGAGGUCUCCGGAUCUUCACUGU